CUCCCUAUUCCCAGGUGUGACAUUGGUAGUGGGCAGUGGGUGAGCUGUAAUGACACCAUUCAGAAGGCAUGUCACUACCCUGUGAGGGGUCUGAGUGAUAACACCAUCUACCAGUUCAGGGUGUGUGCCGUCAACCAGGCAGGUGUGGGAAGCACCUCUAAUGCCACCGAGCCUGUCAUCACCACCGACCCUUUAGAACACACCAGAACUAUGGUUAUCAAGGUGUACAGAGGUAGAGAGAUCACCAUCACCAAAGAUCAGCUGGAAAGUCAGAUGAAAGUCCCAUUCCCUCCCACUGGUGUCCAUGCCUGUGAGGUGAGUGACAACUACGCCGUGCUUACCUGGACUGAGCCGGAGCCCAGAGGCAAGGAGCAACUUACCUUCUAUGUGGAGCGGGUGAGUUAA